CUCGGGCUUCUCCCUGCAGCACCCGCGGCCGCCCCGAACCCCCGGCUCCGGGGGGCAAUGAGGGGGCGGCAGAGGGGGCGCCGCGCCUCGGGCAUUACUUAGAGAAGCCAGCGCGCCCCGCCCUCCCGCCGGCCCACCCUCGCUCCUGCCCGGGCCCGCGCGCCUCGCCGCGCCGCGCAGCCAGAGGGACAGUCGGCCCAAUAUGUCAAGACCUCUGCUCACUAGAUCCCCUGCAUCGCCACUGAACAGCCAAGGCAUCCCUACUCCAGCACAGCUCACAAAAUCCAAUGCGCCCGUGCACAUCGAUGUGGGCGGCCACAUGUACACCAGCAGCCUGGCCACCCUCACCAAAUACCCCGACUCCAGAAUUGGAAGGCUUUUCGAUGGCACAGAGCCGAUUGUCUUGGACAGUCUCAAACAGCACUACUUCAUCGACAGAGAUGGACAGAUGUUCAGAUAUAUCUUAAAUUUUCUACGAACGUCAAAACUCCUCAUUCCUGAUGACUUCAAGGACUACACUUUGCUCUACGAAGAGGCAAAGUAUUUUCAGCUUCAGCCCAUGUUGCUGGAGAUGGAAAGAUGGAAGCAGGACAGAGAAGGCGGCCGCUUUUCACGGCCCUGUGAGUGCCUGGUGGUGCGCGUGGCCCCUGACCUCGGAGAAAGGAUCACGCUCAGCGGGGACAAGUCCUUGAUUGAGGAGGUGUUUCCGGAGAUAGGCGACGUGAUGUGCAACUCCGUCAACGCGGGUUGGAACCACGACUCCACGCACGUCAUCAGGUUUCCACUCAAUGGCUACUGUCACCUCAACUCAGUCCAGGUCCUGGAACGGUUACAACAAAGAGGCUUUGAAAUCGUGGGCUCCUGCGGGGGAGGCGUGGACUCGUCCCAGUUCAGCGAAUACGUCCUCCGGAGAGAACUGAGGCGGACGCCCCGCGUACCCUCUGUCAUCCGGAUAAAGCAGGAGCCCCUGGACUAAUGCACAAAGAAGCAAAACACACAACAAAUAACACAAAAGGGACAUUUGUGUGCAGUUGCAACAGCAAACCAAGUCCUGGACCUGAAACUGAAUGAAAGACAUAUUUCUAUGCGAUAGAGACCACACCUGUAUUCAUAUGGGAACAAUUGGAAUAUCAAUAUCCUCAAGGUGUAAAAAAUAUAUAAAUAUAUAUAUAUGUCAAAAGGUAGGAAAUGCAAAAAAGGAAAAAAAAAAAAAAAGGUAAUAGCUCCAGUUGGUGCUGUAAUGGCGGGACGUGUGCUGGCCUUCCGGGGCCUCUGACCAAUCAACAAGCCAUGAGCGGGGAGGUCGCAGUCUCCUUACAGUUCCAUUGCCAACAGCCAUCCUCCAUAAUUUCUUUGUCCUUUGUCAUUUUUUUUUGUUAAAGACAUCUUGAAUCAAGUUUCUUUGCAUUCAGAGGUUUCAUGUCUGCCUUUAGACAGGGACCAGGCGGGACUUCAGAAAAACUCUCCUGAGCACAUUGCAUUGAAAAGACGUUGAGACAUGAAAUUUUAAAUGUAGUUUGUACAGAAGUCACACUUUGUUGUCCGCCUCACAGAUGUGAACUUGACUUUGUUUUUAAACGGAUCAGUUUUGCAAAGGGGCCAGAAUUAUUACUUGUUAGAGUUGCUGCAGUUUGAGUCUGCUGCUUUCCUACAAUUUUUCAAAUUUUAUAAUGUAUUAAAUACAAUAAACUGUUUAAAAAAUAA